AUGUGGUCGCCGUCGUCGCCGUCGUCCUCUCUCGACGCGGAGCAGCGGUUCCCUCGACGGCCACGACGCGCUAUCCACCAUCCCAUAGCUCCCUCGCCACGACGCAGUAGCGCUACCAGUCUCUUGGAGCAGCUUCGGCGCGAUUUGCCGCCUUUCACGAGCUCUACGGAGCGCAAGUGCGCACUUAACGCGACGACCACCGAGGCCACGACGUUAAGUUCGUCCGUUGCAACGGCCGCUGAGUGUUGUGUCAUGUCUCAGGACCGGAAACAAGAGCUGUGUAUGGACCGUUUGCGGAACAGUCCAUUUGACGAUUAUGGAGUCAUUGGGUCGAUGCUGAAGGACAGACCCAGCGCUCGGAUGCUGUUCAGUCGACCAGAGCGAGAGGAAGAGGAGCGAGAAGAGGAGGCGCUACCGUCGUACUUGAGCUAUCUACAGGCUCCGUCAAUGGCAGGAGAGAGUGCUACUGCUGCUGCUGCUACUGCAGUGCCCUCUCCGAUGGCAUUUGACCACUUAUUGACUCGUGGACAGACACAUGUCGAUCCGAUGCAGAGCACAAGUCAGGAGCUGGUAAAGGCAUUGCAGGACUUUGUACUGGUGCAAAUGCGUCACCAACGAGGAGCAGAAGAUGCUGCGACAUUGUUGACGAGCUCUGGACCACAAUGCAACUGUGCGUGGCGCGUCGCGGAGCUAGAGAAGCAAGUGGAGUCUCUGAUAGCUGCUAAGCACGAUAAGACGAGGCCUCGUGCAACGGAUGAGACGGGAAACGCGAUGGGGGAUCGAGUGUCGACGCUUGAAGGAAGGCAAAGUGCAUUCCAGUCGCAACUCGCGCAGAUUUCGAAAGUGCUGGGGGUGUCGAUGGGCAAACAUGGCAAAAGCAGUCAGUUGAAGACGCUGGUUCAGACGUUGCACGAAGAGAUCGAUGCGAAGGUCCAUACAGCCAUUGCUGAUAUGGAAGCCACGUGCGUUGCCAGCAUGACCGUACGUGAUGAGGAAGUGGUUGCUGAAACAUCUGCUGCGGAUGUGGAGUCGCCGACGCCGUCUGGUCUUGAUCAGGAGAAAGAAGAAAAGCUGCUUGGCGACUGCAGCUCUGUCCCACAAUCGGGGCUUGCGUUUUCGACUGUGUUGAAUGCGCUUGCGGUCGAGCACGGGGCUUCAUUGACGAGAUUGAACGCACAUUUUGACGAACGCUUGCGCCUAGAAGGUUUACAGCGCGUGGCUCUUGAGGGACGCGUCCAAGCACGCUUGGGAGAAGUAGAGGAAUGGUUGCAGCAAGUCGAAGGCGAGCUGGGUGGCUCACGUUUUGGAUCCACCUCAUCGUCGUCAAUCGCUGCUUUGGCCGAUGAGAUGACCAGGCUUCAGGCCUAUAUAGCAAAGGUGGAAGCCUCGUGCAACCAGCAGCAUUUAGAAGUGAUAAGGCUGUCUGCAAAAUUGAAAAAGCUGGAUCACUUCGAACACUUGGGGGGCCAGCUGGAUCAGCAGAAGGAUGACGUGAAGGUGUUGCGUGAAGAUUUGCGAACUUUCGCUUCUUUGGCCCAGAAGGAGACACAAGCAGUGGCUCGCACGUCCCAGGGCCUCAAGUUCAUUGUGGAAAAGCUGUUGCGAGACACAGGUUCUGCUGAAGAGCUACUACGGCAGUAUGUGAGUACGAUCACACACCAAGUAGCAAGCGUGACGCGGCAAUACGUAUCUGUUCGAAUCCGGGACAACAACCGACUGCUUGACGCCACGUUGCGUGCUCGCAUACCGGACUACGUUUCGAAUGAGAGCGAAGGCUUUUUGUUGGUGUGCCCAGAGACGAAGAACGAACGAGACGGCUGCGAGUUGGACUGUGAGGUGACCCAAGAGCCCGAGGAAAGUACAGAUUUUAGCUUUGGACUGCGUGAGGACGCCAACAAGAGGAUCUAG